AUGCAGCCCCCAGGAGCGCCCAUCGUCUGCAUCUUGCACCUCCUGCUCCUGAUGCAGCUCUCAGUUUCUCCUGCUCUGGCUACUGGGAACAGAACCAAUUUAGGAAAGGCAAACUUACCUGAGAUGACCAGGGAGCUGCAAGAUUGGGAAGUUUGGGGGUCAGGAGAUGGGCUGCAGAAAGUCUUAUCCAGCAGCCCCAGAGAAGCAGUUGGAGCCAAAGCACAAGAAAAGAAGGUGGAGGACGAAAAAGGAAAAUCAUUAACAGCGCCUUUCAGGGACCUGCCUGUGGCUCACAGGACUUCUCAUGUCCCCCCAGAGAGGCGCCCUGGCAUCUGGCUAGUUCCCCUCAGAGCAGCGGUGAUUGAGUUACCCGUUGCCCUUAGGUUUUCCUUGGAUUCGGGUAAAGAGAAGGGUGGCAGGGAUAUUGAUCUAGGUGGCAGCCAGGAGCAGAAUGUCAGGACAGACCCAGGAGCCCUGGAACCCUUUUCCCGGUGGAGAAGAGCGGGGAAACCCAGCGGUGACCCCCUGACCAGCCCACCUGCCUUGGAGAGCGCAGCCACUGUUGAUGGAAAAGCACAGGAGAAGGCAGUGGCCAACGCCGGGAAGGCAUUGCCUUUAAACGGAUCUUCUGGAGAGGCCCUUCAGGAGCGGAGUGGCCCCCGUGGGGGAAACGGAACGAAUCGUCGCCCUAAACUCAAGAACCCCUUCUAUCCGCUGACCCGCGAAUCCUAUGGAGCUUACGCCGUCAUGUGCCUGUCGGUGGUGAUCUUCGGCACUGGCAUAAUCGGAAACCUGGCUGUGAUGUGUAUCGUGUGUCACAAUUACUACAUGAGGAGCAUCUCCAACUCCCUUCUGGCCAACCUGGCCUUCUGGGAUUUCCUCAUCAUUUUUUUCUGCCUGCCGCUGGUCAUCUUCCAUGAGCUCACCAAGAAAUGGCUUCUAGAGGAUUUCUCCUGCAAGAUCGUGCCCUAUCUCGAGGUCGCUUCGCUGGGAGUCACUACCUUCACCCUAUGCGCUCUGUGCAUAGACCGCUUCCGGGCUGCCACUAACGUUCAGAUGUAUUACGAAAUGAUUGAAAAUUGUAGUUCCACCACGGCCAAACUGGCAGUCAUCUGGGUUGGGGCUCUGCUUUUAGCACUCCCAGAAGUGGUCUUGAGGCAGCUCAGCAAAGAAGACUUGGGCUUUAGUGACAGAAUUCCCGCGGAACGGUGUGUCAUCAAGAUCUCGCCAGAGCUCCCGGACACCAUCUACGUCUUGGCUCUCACUUACGAUAGCGCCAGGCUCUGGUGGUACUUCGGCUGCUAUUUUUGCUUGCCCACACUUUUCACUAUCACCUGCUCCCUUGUGACUGCGAGGAAAAUCCGCAAAGCUGAGAAGGCUUGCACCAGGGGGAACAAGAGACAGAUUCAGCUUGAAAGCCAGAUGAAUUGCACCGUAGUCGCCUUGACCAUUUUAUAUGGAUUUUGCAUCAUUCCUGAGAACAUCUGCAACAUCGUCACAGCCUACAUGGCCACAGGGGUCUCGGAGCAGACCAUGGACCUUCUCCAUAUCAUCAGUCAGUUUCUUCUGUUUUUUAAGUCCUGCGUCACCCCCGUCCUCCUUUUCUGUCUUUGUAAACCUUUCAGUCGGGCCUUUAUGGAAUGCUGCUGCUGCUGCUGUGAUGAGUGCAUUCAGAAGUCUUCAACAGUGACCAGUGAUGACAAUGACAAUGAAUACACCACAGAACUCGAGCUCUCUCCUUUUAGUACCAUACGGCGAGAAAUGUCCACUUUCGCAUCUGUGGGGACCCACUGUUGAACGACUUCUUUUUUUUUUAAUUUUUGGAAGGUUUUUACUUCCUUUUUCCUUGCUGGUACAAAAUGCAAAAAAAA